UUAAACCAUAUCGGGGGACCAGAAUACCUUAAAAUCUUGAACACUCUAGAAACAUGGACGUGAUUUCAAAAUCUCAACAACAGAAGCCACAUAAUAGCAACGUGGUCGUGAGUUUUGCAUGGGCAAAAGCAUUCAUAUUUUUCCUCAGAAAAUGUAACAAAUAUUUAGAUGCCAUUUCAGUCAGUGGAGUGAAUAAAAGCAGCUCAGCAGUGGUGUAAUGUUCAAUAUAAUAGCUGUGAGUGUCUGGACUUGGUUUUUGUAAUCUAAAUGGACUGUAUCCAGGAGGGCGUGUUUGACUCCAGCACGUCUUCCUGUUCCCAGUCUGAAGGGAACCGAGCUCUUUCAUAAGCAGAUAUAGCAGUUAUUGCUCUGAUCGUUUGAAUAUAAUGUUUACCGUUCUGCUCAUCUGUGGAGGACUUGUCGGGUUUUACCUGCUGCUGUGCGUGACAGUGUUGCACCUGCCAAAAUGUAAAAGUACGGCCAAACUGCACGGGAAGACUGUGAUCGUGACUGGAGCAAACACGGGAAUCGGCAAAGCCACCGCGCUGGAUCUUGCGAAAAGGGGAGCUCGUGUGAUUCUAGCCUGCAGAGAUGAAAGCAGAGCUCAGGCUGCUGUCACAGACAUCCAAAGGGAAUCAGGAAACAAAGAAGUCUUGUAUAUGCACUUGGAUCUGGCCAGUCUGAAAUCUGUGAGGUCUUUCGCUGAAAACUUUCUCAAGAAAGAAUCCAGAUUGGACAUUCUUAUCAACAAUGCAGGACUUGUAAUUGAUGGCAAGACUGAGGAUGGCUUUGGAAGGAUCUUUGGCGUCAAUCACCUCGGUCACUUUCUGUUAACCAUCCUGCUGCUGGAAAGGUUAAAAGAGUGCGGGCCCAGCAGAGUUGUGACAGUCUCUUCAAUGGCCCAUUGGUGGGGGAAAAUUGAUUUUGACUGCAUCAACACUCAUAAAGAUUUGGGUUUAGGAAACUCUGUAGUGGCCUUAUUAAGGUUGUACAGUCACAGCAAACUCUGCAAUGUCCUCUUUACACAUGAACUGGCCAAGAAACUCAAAGGCACAAACGUCACCUGCUACAGUCUUCAUCCAGGGGCCAUCAAAACGGACAUAGGUCGCCACAGCAAUCUAUGGUGGAGGCUGAUCAUGGCACCGAUUUUGCUGCUUUUCUUUUCGGACGUGGAAUGCGGAGCUCAGACGUCUCUUUACUGUGCACUUGAAGAGGGUAUUGAACCCUUAAGUGGACGCUACUUCUCUAGCUGCGCAGUGCAGAACCUUACCACUAAAGCCAGAGAUGAUGCAGUAGCCAAAAAGCUUUGGGAAGUCAGCGAGAGGCUUGUUGGUUUAGCCUGAGAUCAUCAGUUUCAUUACACCUGUAUGGAUUUGCACUUGCACAGUCUGUUUAGUGGCAUCUGUGGACAACUGUGUUGGAGAAAUCUGUGUUUCUGCAUAUUAUAAAAAGCCUGUGUAAAAUUUUGCAGUUCAUAACAUGCUUUGACCACAAAAAAAGCUGUUAAUUCUUCUAAUAAAAAUGUUCUUUGAUUGUUUUACAGAUUGUGUUUGUGAUUUUAAUUUAAUUGUAUUUCAUUUACAACCUUGUUCUGGACAGUGUGUGUAUGUUGAGUUCUAUAAAUUAUCUUAACUGUGAUGAUUAUUUAAUAUUUGUUGGUUAAAAAUUAGCAUGAGGUGACCUUUUUCUAGAUUCUUUCAGACUCUUUUGGCAGGUUGCACAUUUUCUUGUCUCAGUGCAAGACUUGCAUUUUUAAAGGGAAACUUUGAUCAUCACAUGUAAAAAAAAAAAUCUAAACUUGUUAAAUUUUGUGCCAGUAACAAUAGCUUUAACAUGCAUUUUCUUUUUUCCAUAAAAGUGCAUGCUUUUAUUAAUGUAUGUCCUCUGGAGCGCAGUCAGACCUGGUGUUUCUUUAGCUUGACAUAAGCAAAGAGACUCAUGUGCAUGUAUGUAUGCAUCCAUGUGAAUAGCCAGAGAGCCACUCAAUUCAGUGUGCAAAAGUGCUCCAGUUUGUAUUAUUUCUGUUGUGCACUAUUUGGUUGCUGUUCAUUCCUUUUAUGUCUUUUUCAUGUGGUUCUGUAAUUAAUUUUCACCAGGUUCUUGUGUCAAAUUAUGUAAAUACAAAUUGAGUGUUUAAUCUUAUCAUUAUGCAUUAUUGACACUCUUAUCUUCCAAUUUGAUACUGUUAAGUGCUUUGACACAAUCUGUAUUGUUAAAAGUGCUGUAUAAAUAAAGGUGACUUGACUUGA